AUGGCACAAAGAAGAAGGUCCUUCAGUGUAGGAGAAGCAGUGGAGGAACUUGUGGGACCUGAUGGACAAAAAUGGGCUGAUAUGGAUCCAGAAGAAGGAAUGCUAGUAGCCGCUAAAGCUUACACUCAUAUCUGUCCAGGCCACGGUGAGGGAGAUGUCAGGAGAGAAGCCCAGUCCAUCCUGUAUGAUCCCUACAGUAAAGCCUCAGUAACCUCAGGAAAGCGACCUGCUUUUCCUGCACAACUGCAUUACCCACACAUAGAAAGCAACGCCCCUUCAGAAGCAGUCUCAGAGACCUCCCACAGACUCCGAAAGCCAGUUAUGAAGAGAAAGGUGCUGCGUCGAAAGCCAGGUGGGGAAGUAUUAGUGACAGAUGAGUCGAUGAUCAGUGAAUCAGAGUCUGGCACAGAAAGUGACAUGGAUGUCUGGGACUUAAGACAAAGGCUGAGGAAUCUGCACUUCCAGGAAGACAGGGAAUCUCCAGUUGAUAUUUCACAAAAAUUUAGUCUACCACGUGAAUACCAAGGAAUUUCUCAAGAUCAGCUCAUUUGCUAUCUACGAAGAGAAGAAAUGGGCCCUCCAGCUUAUGAACAAGACCUGAUUGUUGCCAGCCGGCCCAAGUCCUUUAUCCUCCCAAGGCUGGACCAGUUGAGCCGAAACCGGGGCAAGAUAGACCGGGUAGCCCGAUAUUUUGAAUAUAAACGGGACUGGGACUCCAUGCGGUUACCUGGUGAAGAUCAUAGGAAGGAACUACGCUGGGGUAUCCGAGAGCAGAUGCUUUGUCGUGCAGAAGCCCAGUCCAAGCCUCAGCAUAUAUAUGUUCCAAACAAUUACCUCGUGCCAACUGAGAAGAAACGAUCUGCCCUUCGCUGGGGUGUUCGUUGUGACCUUGCAAAUGGUGUGAUGCCCAAGAAACUUCCUUCCUUCCCUCUUUCUCCUUCUUAA